UAUUAAAAAAUUAAUUAAAUUCAGUAAUAAUGCAAAACUCGACAAUGAACAAGUUAAUAAAAUUGAUAAAAAUAGGACAAGAUUGGGGGCCUAGAUAGAGGGACUCUUGUACCUUGUUUUAAAUGUUUAGUAUAUUUAGGUACAUAUCUAUAUAUUUUUGCCUAAAGGGAAUGAAUAUGUUCUUUGUGGAAUACUCAUUAACUGACCGUCGAGGUAGAACCAAACGUUUUAUGCUUAAUGCAUGCACAGAGUCCCUCAAAAGAAUUAUUUCGAACAAUUUUAAAAUUAGUUAAGGGUAGUAUUUGAAGGACGGGAACAAUUCAGAUUUUUCCAGAGAACUAUCGGAGAUUGAAAAGGUCUUAAGUCCCCUCAACUUCCUGGUAUAAAUUACCACAUUUAUCUCAAAUCUUUAAUCAUUAACUCAAAUAAUUAUUUUUAAAAACUUCCUUCAUGUAUCGUUCUAUGUUGCAAAAUAAGAGCUAAUCGCUAUACCCUCUAAAAACUAGCCGAGAACUUUAAAAUUCCGUGCAGCUACUUCAGGUGCAUUAAUUAUCAUUUUAACAAUAUCUUGCCAUUGUUUUUUGUCGCUGUGAAAUUACACAAUCUUACUUCUUCCUCUGUUUCGCUCUCAUCGACCACACAGCGUUGUCACACAUCUUUUGAACCCAUCGCAAAAAAAAACAUAAUAUAUAGGAGCAAUUUUUCAUAUGACUGAUUAUGAGUUACACAGAGAUGUGUGGUUGAAAAAAAAUAACUCUUAAUUUGUUGACUUAACUGGGAAGGCAAUGUUGUGUGAACUUGACUUUGAACUCACAAAAGCCCCGAAGAAUGUGAAUUUUCGUACUAAUUGAAUUAUUUUCAGCUUCGACGGCUACAAGAAGUGUGUUUGAACAAUUUUAAAGAGGAACUCUUCGUAUAUACCACCAUCAAGUGAUCGCAAAUGACAAUUUGAACCAUGCUCGUCAGCAUACAAUUUUUUGCCUUAAUCAUUCUCAGCUCGAUAUAUUUCAUACCACACACAUGUGGUCAAGAGUUUCUGCAAACCUUGUUCACCAUGGGUAAUGAUAUAUAUUUCAGUCAGCCUCUCAGGGACACGGUCGAGUUUCAGUCACAGUAUGAUUUUAUCGUGGUGGGGGCGGGAAGUGCAGGAGCUGCAGUGGCAGGUCGUCUUGCAGAAGUCAGUGACUUCAGUGUACUUCUCCUGGAAGCUGGGCAGGAUGAAACGAUCCUUACGGAUGUCCCACUGUCGGCAAGCCUAAAUCAGCUAACAGGUGCCAAUUGGGGCUAUAAGCCAGAACCAAGUAAGAAGGCUUGUGUUGGCCUCAAAGGAGGUGUCUGCAAUUGGCCAAAAGGACGAGUUAUGGGAGGUACAAGCGUCCUCAACUACUUAGUAUUUAAUCGUGGCCAUAGAAAAGACUUUGAUGGAUGGGCUGCAGCGGGGAACACAGGUUGGAGCUACAAUGAUGUUCUGCCGUAUUUUAAGAAACUUGAGAAUGUCAAAGUACCCCAACUCAAGGAUUCGCGCUACAGAGGCAUGAGUGGUCCUGUAUCCAUUGACUACAGUCCCUUCCAAACGAAAAUGCUCACAUCUUUCCUAGAAACUGGCCAGAGGCUUGGCUACAAAAUUAAUGAUCCAAAUGGUGAACAAAUGUUGGGAUUCUCCAAAAUUCAAGCAACUCUUCUCAAUGGAAGACGAUGCAGCUCAUCGAAAGCCUACAUCCGUCCCAUGGCUAAUAGGCCUAAUUUACACAUUAGCAUGAAAAGCUGGGUGACGAGAAUAAUAAUUGAUCCAAUUACGAAAAUUGCCGUUGGAGUUGAAUUUCUCAAAAAUAAGCAAAAAUACGUGGUUAGAGCUGCAAAGGAAAUUAUCCUGUCUGCAGGAGUUAUUGGAUCUCCGCAGCUAUUGAUGCUCUCAGGCGUGGGGCCUGCGGAUCAUCUCAAAAGUGUGGGAAUUCCCCUUAUUCAGGAUCUCAAAGUGGGGUACAAUCUUCAGGAUCACAUGUCGCUUCCUGGACUUGUUUUUCUCAUUGAUAAACCCCUUUCGGUACGCGAAAGGGAUGUGAACAAUCCGCUCACAGUUAUGAAUUAUUUCUUCUUCAAUAGUGGACCUUUGACAAUUCCUGGAGGCUCCGAAGGAUAUGCUUUUAUGAAGGUUCCCAAUUCAACAUUACCUGAUGAUUAUCCUGACAUUGAAAUUGUUCUUGGCACUGGUGGUCUCAAUAAUGACGAUUCAAGAGCAAUUGGUAACCUUCUUGGCAUACCGGAGGAAUUUUACAAGAAAACUUAUGGACCAAUAUUGGGAAAACACUCUUUCAGUUUGGUACCUGUGUUAAUGAAAACAAGAAGUCGUGGGAGAAUUACACUUCGAAGUAAAAAUCCCUUUCAUUGGCCUAAAAUGGUGCAUAACUAUAAUGAAGAUAAAGAGGACGUGCGAACGUUAGUUGAAGGAAUAAAGCUCUGCGUGAAGAUUGCUGAAAGUGAGAGCUUUAAGAAAUACGGAGCUCAUCUCAAUAGAAUUCCAUACCGUGGCUGUGAAAAUGAGAUAUUCGGUAGUGAUAAAUACUGGGAGUGUUGCAUCCGACAAAUCGGUUCCAGCCUCCAGCAUCAGGCUGGUACGUGCAAAAUGGGACCUGCAAGUGACUCGGAUGCAGUUGUAAAUCCUUACCUUCAAGUUCAUGGAAUUCGCAAUCUUAGAGUUGCUGAUGCUUCAAUAAUUCCCGUAAUUCCAGCUGCACACACAAAUGCCGUGGCAAUGAUGAUUGGCGAGAAGGCAGCUGAUAUGAUUAAGGAUUAUUGGAAGAAUUCCGUGUGAUUAAUCGUAAAUCUCAAAAUUUUGUUGUAGGUAGCAGAAAUCUAGUCAUAAAAUAAA